ACCAAACAAUGACUAUUGAAACUUUUGAAAUACCGAGCUUCACGCCCGAACAGCGACAGAAGCUGGAUGAAAAGCUCAGCGAUAUCAUCUAUCCGCAUGAAUUCGAAAAAAAUGUCGGGUGGACGUAUGGUGCUCCAAGAUGGGCCGUUGAACCUAUGGUAAAUGCAUGGCGCAACGAAUUUGAUUGGGAAGAGUCAAGGAAGGAGAUGGCCCGCUGGCACCACCUCAAGGUAAACAUUGAUGGCGUUCGGAUCCACUGUGUGAAUGAAACUUCACAACAGCCUGGAGCUAUUCCCAUUAUGCUUCUACACGGGUGGCCUUCAACGUUCUAUGAAUACCACAAAGUCAUUGACCCGCUCAGAGAUGGUGCUGAAGGUGCACAGGCAUAUCAUGUCGUGGUUCCUAGCUUGCCCGGAUAUGGAUUCUCGGAUCCUACGCCUACACCUGGAUGGGGAGUUGCAAAAUGUGCGGAGACGUUGCAUAAGUUGAUGCUGGAGUUGGGGUACAGCAAGUACGUUGUUCAUGGAACGGACUGGGGUGCCGUCCUUGGAAUGCAUAUUGCUACCAAUUAUACUGCCAACUGCAAAGCUUAUCAUACAAAUUUUAUGUUGGUCAUGCCUCCCAUACCCACUCUUAGCAACAUCGUAACGCAGCCAGUGCGAGUGGCAAAGUUUUUGGCCUGUAUGCUUCUUGGUGGCGAUGCGAUUUACGGAAAAGACAAACUCAGAGUGCUCGGCCGCUCAUUUGCGGAUAUCGACCGCGAUCGUGACUCAGGUUACCGUGCUAUCCAAGGGACGAAACCUUAUAGUCUCUCCUAUGGUUUGAGUGACAGCCCUGUUGGCCUAUUAGCUUGGUUAUUGGAAAAAUAUCAUAACUGGACUACUCAUACUGGCGACAAGGAGUCGUCAGUGUUACCACCCACCAUCGAUGUCAAAGAAUUUUUGACUCAGGUCACCAUCUACUGGUUGACAAACAGUAUUUCCUCAUCAAUGCGACUCUAUUACGAACGACUUGUUGAGCCAAACAUGGACAGAGCUUUUUCCACCAAAGUGACAAUUCCAACUGCUGUUUCUUCGUUCCCAGAUGAGGUGUCCAAGAUGCCUAGAGAGUGGGUUGAUUCACAGGUCAACUUGGUCCAAUAUGAAGAACAUCCUAGCGGAGGGCACUUUGCUGCUUUGGAAGAGCCACAGCUACUGACCCAUGACAUCCAACGAUUUGGCAAGAAGAUUUCGGCCGAUUUGCAAUAACCAUGUAUUAACCACAAUGCAACAAAAACAGACAAUUGAGUUUCAGUGGUUCAUCAGAUGUCUUAGGAAGCAUGAUUUAUUCAAGUAAAUAAAAGUGGUAUAUAUCUCUGUCAACUCUUCAAGCUGUGACAGCAUGUAUAUGCAAACGCAUACACUAUUCCACAAUUCGAUUUCGUAGAAAUUCCAUAAUCGACUCCGUACCAGCUACAAGAGUAGCACGUCGAGGCACACGGAAGCUAAGAGAAAUUCAAGUCC